AACUAUGUCAGAAAUAUGUUUCAUAUCACAACAGUUUUUGUUUUUAUCAUUAUCAGAAAAACAUAUUGCAGCAAUAUCACAGUAGACUGUUAUAAAACAGAUACACAUGGAGAAAAGAACUUUUUUUGCUGUGAUAAUACCGAAAAGAAAAAUGGAACAUGCACUGAAUGUGCAGUGGGUUAUUAUUCAAAAGCGGGUCUUCCAUGUGAGAAAUGUCGUUAUAAAGCAUAUGGGCCAAAAUGUGUAGAAAAUUGUGAUUGUACCGUAGAACAAUGUAAUCAUGUGAGAGGGUGCAUCAGCGAAUUCUCCUCCAAUGAAAGCGCUUCUGUAAACGCAACUCGAGAAAGUACCAUUUGGUUGCAGACCUCUAGCGCCUAUACAGAAGGAAGCACUGAAAGAGACACUGAAUAG